GCAAAGGACCGAGCCGCCCAAGAGAGAACUCCCAAACUUGCGCCCCGAAACCACCCGUAAGACUUCAUCCUACGCCUAGCUCUCUCUCUUCUCAGUAGCCAGGCAGCCUUCCAGUCCUCCUACUCCCCGGGAGCUCGAGCUAACUGAGGCGGGGACUUCUAGAAACCCCGCCCCGGGAGCCGGCGGCGGUUGUGGUGACAGUUCCGCCAGCAGCUCUGAGGAGGGAGGGCCUGGUUGGCCUUGCCGGAGGGUGUGUGCGAGAGGAGCCCUCGGGGCUGCCUCUCCAACCGGGAAGGGGGCCACCAUGAACAAGUCGGAGAUGGCGGACGAGGCGCUCUUCCUAUUGCUGCACAACGAGAUGGUUUCUGGGCUGUACCGCGCCGCGGAGCAAGGCGACGGGGAAAAUGGACGAUGCAUCACAAAACUGGAAAACAUGGGAUUUAGAGUAGGACAAGGGUUAAUAGAAAGGUUUACCAAAGAUACUGCCAGAUUCAAGGAUGAAUUAGAUAUUAUGAAGUUUAUUUGCAAAGAUUUUUGGACUACUGUAUUCAAAAAGCAAAUUGAUAACCUCAGAACCAACCAUCAGGGCAUCUAUGUACUCCAAGACAACAAAUUUCGUCUCCUGACUCAAAUGUCUGCCGGUAAACAGUAUUUGGAACAUGCACCUAAGUAUUUGGCAUUUACUUGUGGAUUGAUCAGAGGUGCUUUAUCAAAUUUGGGAAUAAAGAGUAUCGUGACAGCGGAAGUUUCAGCAAUGCCUGCAUGUAAAUUUCAGGUGAUGAUACAGAAGAUUUAGAAAAUGUAUAGAAGAAAACACCUGCCCUGUAAUAUCUUGAAAUUGUAUAUUUUAUUUAUAAUUGCAGUUUAAUGCAAAUGUCCUGUGUCUAUGUGAAACGUUUUGCCAAACAUAACAUGAUAGUUAUCAGAUGACUGUUGCAGUUUUUUAGUAAUGUCCCAUUUAUGCAUGUUUCUGGGAAAUACAAGUAUGUCAAUCGGAUCCCCGAUUAAAUACAAAGUUUGACUAUCUGAUUUGUUGGUUUGGUCUAGCAAUGCAGAAUUUAUUCUGAGUGGCCUUAUAAACACACAAAAUCUCUGAGCUAACAGCUAACCACAUUCUAAGGUUCUAUGAAGUUGCUGAUGUUCUUUUUUAAUGUUAUGGUAUGCACCCAAGUUUCUAUGUAUACAAUGAGAUAGCCUGGCAACAGUCUUUUUCAGGAUGUGGGAAGAUAAUUGAGGGCAAUCAUCAACACCCCCUCCCCCAAGUGGAUUCUUUGGUGAGAGUCCUGCUUUAUUCAUACAGAAUUUUCAGAAGAACCAUGUAUAUUCUAUGUUUGUAUGUACUGGAAUUUUCCCAGGCCUUAAAAGCCAGGGUAGAAUUCUUAAUGUGACUUUUCUGUAAAAAUGAAUGGCACUGCAGUCUUCUGCCUUUAGCAAUGCACAACAGAUUAUAUAUAGAUAACCCCCAGUUAUGUUGUAAAUUGACUAAUAUAUUUUGUCUUGAAAAGCUAGAGCAGGCUGUAUAUACUGAAAUAUCAUACUAAGUGUUUAUAAACCUUCUGGCCUGAUCUGAAAUGGGGCAAAAUAUCCCCUUAAAUGGUCUGUGAAUGCAUUGGUUGCAAUGCAUUGGUAAGGCUAUGCAUUGGUUGCAAAUGUAUGGGAUGUCCCAAGCUACAUUAUAAAUAAACUUUCAUGGAUAAGGGCUCACUUCAGAUGCAACGUGGGAUCCGCUUAUUGCAUCUGAAGAAGUGGACUCUAGUUCUUUGUGGGUUUUUAGAGGCUACAAUAUUCUCUAGUUUACUUUUGCUGCUGGAGACUAACACAGCUCUCUCAAAUCAGAUUAUAAGAACAUAAGCCAAUGUUGGAUCAGGCCAAUGGCCCAUCCAGUCCAACACUCUGUAUCACAC